CAAGAUUUUAUGGUCCAUUUCAGAUAAUUGAAAAACUCAGUUCUGUGGCUUUUAAGCUGAAGUUGCCAGAAGAUAGCAAAAUUCAUCCUGUGUUUCAUAUAUCUUUGUUAAAAAAAGCUAUCUCAUCUACUACCUACUUUCAACCUCUACCCAAGUGUCUGAAUGAAGAAUGGGAGUUACAAGUGGUGCCAGAAGAAAUUUUGGACACAAGGGUUGAUGCAGAUGGUAAUUGGGAAGUGUUGGUUCAUUGGAGCAAUCUGCCACAAUUUGAAGAUUCAUGGGAGUCGAUGAAAAUGAUCAAAGAACAAUUUCCAGAGUUUCACCUUGAGGACAAGGUGAAUUUCUAGGGGGAGUAUUGUUAGACAUGCAGCAAGGCAGUCGGUGGAAUUUUAUAAUAAAGUGUAUAAAAGAAGAGCUAAUAGGGAUGCUGCUAAUAACUAAUAACUAAUAACUAAUAACUAACGGGUUAGUUAGUUAGUUAUUGUCUCUGCGUGGACAUUACUAUAAAUAGAAGAGCUCAGCUAGCUGAAGGUAGUUUUUAGACUCUUGGCUAGAACAGGACUGGGAGAUUAGGCAUCUCGAAUUGUCUACAGCUUGUAUACUUUGAUCUGGUGAAUAAAGUGUGUGUACUGUGUGUUGUUCUUGAGAAUUCUGUAUUCGAUAUUGCAUGGUCCAUCAGUUUCCCUUGUGUGCCACAAUUUUUUGUUGUGAUCACACCAAGGUUUUUUCUUGUCAUCACUUCUGGCCACUAAAGCUGAAGAGUCCCCAGGUUCCUCAUUAGGUACUGGAGUGUUGUACAUGACCCUCCUCCUGCUAUCUUCCAACCUGAUCUCAGAAAAGACCUCUCUGAUUGAGGCCAGAGGUUUCUUUCCCAGUAUUCUUCCUUUUACUUCAUCUAGGUCCCUAUUGAUCCCUGCUAGAAGCAUAUAGACCCUAUCAUUCUCUUCUCUUUUCUUAUGUCUGGCCAGAUCCUUAGCACUCUCCCACUCUUCAUCACCAUAGCACUGAUCUAAUUCUUGCCAUAGAGAUACCAUUUCAUGGUAGUAUGAAAUAAUAUCCCUAUUUCCUUGUUUAGAUUGCCACAGUUUGGUUUUGAGUUCAAAAAUUUGAGAAGAGUUCUCAAGAUCUGAAUAAGUUUCCUUAAUAGAGUCUCAUACCUCCUUUGCAGUUUUCAUAAACAUAUGAGGUUUGGCAAUUAAGGGCUCCAUGGAGUUGAGAAGCCAAGCUGUUAUGAGUGAAUUCUCUGACCUCCAUGUAGUUUUCAUAAAAAUAUGAGGUUUGGUAACCUUCUUCUGCAGGUAGUUUUGGUUUGAUUUCUCCUGUGAUGUAACCAAGCUUGUCAAAAGCGCUCGCUUCUGCGCUUAAGCGCACAAAGCGCAGCGAGGUAGACCCCUAGCGCCUGAGUAACGUAGAAGCGCACAACCCUGGGCAAGGCGCAGCAUAAGCGCUAGAAGCGCACGAAGCGCGGAAGCGCUAUAGGCGCGCGCCUGCAUCGCCUGAAACGGAAAAGGCUGACAGCCCUUUUUUAGUUUAAAACUUUGAAAAAAAAGCCCAUAUCUUAAUAGUCCUCAGCCCAUGAAAACAAUAGGUUAAAGUAAGUUUAACCUACGUAAAACUAAGCUUAAUAGUACGUAAAAACGUAAACUUGCGCAAGACACUACAAAGCUUAACCGCUAGCCAUCCUCUUCACUCUCCUCGCUUUCCUCACUCUGUCACUCUAUACUCAAGCUGCUCUACACCAGCCGGUUCUUUCAGCUUCAUCAUCUCAAGCAUACGCAGCUCUCCAUCGUAGCAGUAAACAAGGAUAUGGAAGGUGGAACAAGUUCUGUGGGUGGUGCUGAAAGUGAAAACUCUACAAAAAAUGACCCAGCUUGGAAACACAACUACUUAGUUAACAAAAAAGAUCCUAAAUCAGUUACCUGCAUUUACUGUGGAAAAGUAACUAGCGGAGGGAUUUACCGGGCAAAGCUUCAUCAAAUAGGAGGGAAUAGAAAUGCGAAGGCUUGCUUGAAAUGUCCAGACGAUGUGAAAAAGAUGCUUAGGGAAUAUAAGCAAUCCAAAAAGGAUGCCAAGAUCAAUUAUGAUAAACUGCCAGAACAUCCGGAUUUUGAUGCAUUCCAUGAUCUGGAAGAUGAUGACAGUGAACUUGAGGAGCUGCAGAAAGAUCCUAGAGGAAAGCUAAAAAGACCUGGUCAUGUGCAGCAGACCAAAGCAUCUUCAAAGAAGGGAAAACUAAAAGGUCCUAUGGACUCUUUUAUCUUCAAGAAGCCAGAAACAGUAGUGGAGCUGCGAAAGCAAGGAAGACUGAAGCAAUUGAAGAUCGAUGAGAAGUUGGAUAAGCAAAGAAGAGAAGUAGCUAUACAAUAUAUAUCAAACUGUUUUUACGAGAACGGGAUUGCUUUCAAUGUUGCCCGGACCCAUUCUUUUAAAUGUGCUAUCGAGGCAAUAGGACAAUAUGGUCCUAAUUUGAAGCCCCCUAGCUACCAUGAAGUGCGGGUCACAUGUUUGAAGAAAGAAGUUGCUAACCUCCAAAACAUGCUAGCUGACCAUAGAGCUAUAUGGGUCAAACAUGGCUGUUCUAUAAUGGCAGAUGGCUGGACUAGCACCACAGGUCUGUGCAUUGUUAACUUCUUGGUUCAUUCUUUGGCUGGUUGUGUGUUUAUCAAAUCUGUGGAUGCGUCUUCAUACUCAAAAACCGGUCCAAAUGUGCUGGAGUUAUUGGAUGAAUUUGUUGAAUAUGUUGGGGAAGCAAACAUUGUGCAAGUUGUUACCGAUAAUGGUACUAAUUUUAAGUUAGGUGGUAAGUUAUUAGAAAUCAAGAGGCCAAAAAUAUAUUGGACGCCGUGUGGUGCGCAUUGCAUUGAUCUAAUGCUACAGGACAUUGGGAAGCUGCCUUUGGUUUCAAACACCUUGAAACGGGCUAUGAGUGUGACUAACUUUAUUUAUAAUCGAACGGGAUUAUUGAAUUUAAUGAGGAGGUAUACGGGGCAGAGAAAUCUAAUAAGACCGGGGAAGACAAGAUUCUGCACAUGCUACCUCACUUUAAAGAGCAUCUAUAAGCAAAAAAUGAAUCUUCGGGCUUUGUUCUCUAAGAGUGACUGGAAUUUCAGCAAGUGGGCUAAAGAGAUAGGUGGGAAACAAGUUGAAAACAUUAUGCUAAUGCCUACCUUUUGGGAUAAUGCAUAUUACAUACUCAAACUUAUGGGUCCUCUUGUGAAAGUUCUUCGACUCGUAGACAAUGAGAAGAAGCCGGCAAUGGGAUACUUGUAUGAAGCGAUGGAUAGAGCCAAAGAAGCUAUAAUAAAGGCUUUCAAUGGAAAAGAAGAGAACUAUAAAGCUACUUUCGAAAUCAUUGAUAGAAGAUGGGAAGAUCAGCUCCAUCAUCCACUACAUGCGGCUGGUCAUUAUCUCAAUCCAGCAUGUUUCUAUGAUGAUCCUCAAGUUGAAUUUAAUAAUGAGAUCACAACUGGACUCUAUGCUUGUAUCGCAAAGUUAGUUCCACAACAAAACGAGCAACUAGAGAUUAUUGAUGAGUUGUCCAAGUAUACAAGAGCUGAAGGCCUUUUUGGAAUCAAUUUGGCGAUUUUGACAAGAAAGACUAAAUCACCAGGUACUGUCAGUAGCCAUAAAGUAAUAUAUCUAUAGUUUCUUCAUAAUAUAGGCAGUAACCAGGUAAUGUAUGCACAAUACAUAUUACUGCCAGUAGGCAGUAGGUACUGUCAGUAGCCAUAAAGUAAUAUAUCUAUAGUUUCAGUAUGUAGAUAUAUUGGCAGUAUGUCAGUAGUAGCCAUAUAAUAUAGGCAGUAUACAACAGGCUUUAUGCAGUAGGCAGUAUAUAGCAUCUCUAAUUCUACACUCUACAGUAUGUUAAUGUUUUCUUUUUGCACGUGAAAAAUAAAAAAUGCAGCUGAAUGGUGGCGCUUGUAUGGAAGCACAACUCCAAGCUUACAAAAGCUGGCAAUGAGAGUUCUUAGCCUAACUUGUAGCUCUUCAGGCUGCGAACGCAAUUGGAGCGUGUUUGAACAAAUUCACACAAAGAGAAGGAACAGGCUAGGAAUGAAGAAGCUAAAUGACUUAGUAUUUGUGAAGUACAAUGCAACUUUAAAAGCUCGCUUUGACUCUAAAGAUAUCACAGAUCCGAUUGCUUUA